AUGAAGAAAGUUUGCUUCUUCAGUGGCCUGGUUAGCGGUGUAGCAGCGCAGAAUGACUAUCAGUGGCCUGCCUAUCGUGAGAUAGAAUAUGCAGUCCCUCGCGUAGUACCUGACAAGUUCGCAACCUAUGCGCCUCCAUACGCUAGCCUCUCUCGCCUCGUGCCCAACCAGACCACAACUAGUUGGCCUGUGGACGCCACGCCUACAGAUCAGAGCGAGACUUACGGCCGAUAUGCGCUCUCUUCCCUUUGGCAGGAUAUCCCGGUUACAACUGGGCCCUUCUCAACAACCGUGGAGCCAACGCCGCUUCCGAGCCAGGAGUUGGUCAAGCCGCCGCCCCUGCCUCUUGAUGGAGGAAAACCCAGCUGCUUGGGCUUCCCUAAGAACAUUUCAUGGGGUUUUGCUGGUGCUGCGCUCCAGAUUGAGGGCGCUCUCAGAGACGAAGGGCGUGGACCUUCCGUCUGGGAAUCUCGCAACAAGGGCAACUAUACCGGAAAGAACGGUGGCCCCCCCGACGUUGCAGCCAUGAAUUAUUACCUAUACAAGCAGGAUAUUGCCCGCAUGGCGGCCAUUGGUGUUGAAUCGUAUAGCUUCAGCGUUUCGUGGCCUCGGGUCGUUCCCUUUGGAGUCGCUGGGUCGCCCAUCAACGAGGAGGCCAUUGACCAUUACGACAGUGUCAUUGAUACUAUUCUCGAGUACGGUAUGAAACCCGUUGUGACCUUGUUCCACUGGGACACUCCUGUCUACUACGCAGACGGCACCGUUAUGGCAGUGAGUCACCCCGAAUUUGUCGAAGGGUGGAUGUACUACGCCAAGACCGUCCUCGCGCACUAUUCCGACCGCGUAGGAACUUGGUACUCUUUCAACGAGCCGACUAUUCAGGGGAAUGCUCAAGGGAAUUGGUCUUAUACAAAGAACAUCCUCGACGCCCAUGCUUCCAUUGUUAAUUGGUACCGGGACGAAAUCAAAGGGAAUGGUCUAUGGAGUUUCAAGAUGGAGCUCAGCGGCACCGGCUUCUCCUUACCGCUUGACCCUGCUAAUCAUUCAGACGUCGAGGCCGCAGUACGCAGAAACGAUUUCAACCUGGCCAUGUUCACGAACCCGGUCUUUCUAGGAAGAAACGUACCGCAGAGCAUGCAGGCGGUCGGUUUCCCUACGUAUACGGACGAAGAGCUCGAGUUCUAUAAGGGCACUGCAGACUUUUUUGCCUUCGACGUGUACACUGCUACUUACCAUUCCGCGCCAGAUAGUGGCAUCUUGGCGUGCGAAGGUGACAUCGAGCACCCGCUGUACCCAGCCUGUACUCGCACCCAGAGAAACAGAACUUCUGCGUGGCAGGAAAACUAUUACGGCAACGUCGAUCGGAUCGCAGUCCCCCCGGAUGGCGUACGCGCCAUGCUCGGGUACUUCCACCACACCUAUCCUACUAAGCACGGAAUCACUAUUGGCGAGUUUGGAUUGCCGCCCUACCACGCCACAGAAAUGUCAGUUGAGCAACACGUUAUGGAUCCCGCACAGGGCAACUUCUAUGUUCCAUUCCUUCGAGAGGUCCUGAAGUCCAUCAAUUACGACGGCGUUAAGAUGAAAGGCGUGUUCGGCUGGUCAUAUCUCGACAAUUGGGAGUGGGGCCAGUAUGAUGACAUGUAUGGUGUGCAGGUGUACAACAAGACAACCAUGCAGCGGCGUUUCAAACGUGCCAUCUUCGAUUUCACCGAUUUUAUGCUGCAGCACACUGCCGAGGAGUAA